AUGGCUAUUCUCCUCCAUUUUCUGCUAGCGGGCAGCUUAGUACUGUUAAUGAGUUCAUCUGCAGCAGCACAGGGCAGCAACAGUAACAGCAAAACUCAAGUGCCAGCAGUGUUUAUGUUUGGAGACUCUUUAGUUGAUACAGGGAACAACGAUUACAUCUCCACCAUCGCCAAGAGCAACUUCCCACCUUACGGCAGAGACUUCCCUGGCGCGAGACCAACUGGAAGGUUCAGCAAUGGCAGAUGCACGUCCGAUUUCGUUGCUGAAGUAUUUGGGGUGAAGAAGUUGCUGCCACCUUACCUUGAUCCAGACUUGGAGCUUCAGGAGCUCCUUACCGGCGUGUCAUUUGCUUCUGCUGGUUCUGGUUACGACCCUCGCACUUCGCGAUUUACUACGGCUAUACCACUCACGGGUCAGGUAGAUAUGUUAAGAGAGUACAUCAGCAAGAUGAAUGCAAGCGUCGGGGAAACCAGAACAGCUUCCAUUAUAUCACAAGGUGCAUUCAUAAGCUUCAUAGGGAGCAAUGAUGUUACCUUGCAUGCUAUGUUGGGGUCUCGAUCUGGCGAGGAGGACGACGAUUCCUACACCGAUAAGAUGCUCCAUUUCGCUAUGGACUUCUACCAGCAACUUUACAAGCUUGGAGCAAGAAGAAUUGGGCUGGGGAACUUACCACCAACAGGUUGUGUGCCAGCAGUGAGAGAUGUGGUUGGAGGACAAGAGAGGGAGUGUUCAGAAGGGCUCAAUCGACGGAUGAGGCUCUUCAACACCAAGCUGGCUGGGGCGGUUGGUAAGAUGAAUGCUGAGCUCCCAGGUGCCAGGAUUGUGGUGUUUGAUUUCUACAAUGUUGUCCUCUCCAUCAUCCAGAAUUCAGCUUCAUACGGAUUUGACGAAUUUAGCAGAGGAUGCUGUGCCUCGCAUGAAAUUGAAGCUGGGUUCCUUUGUGUAAUGCCGGGGACUUGCACAGAUGCAUCCAAGUACAUCUUCUGGGACAGUUUCCACCCCACUGAGAAAGCUUGUCGAAUCCUUUCCUACCAAAUGGAUGCCGCCGAUGACCAGAUUCUCUUCCCAAUCUCUCCACUUCCAAGCACCCGUUCCCGUUCCAGACAAACCCAUCUCAGGAGGAAGAGGGCUGGGAAGGGCGUGGAAGUUGCAGGAAAGCAAGUUGAGUUGGAACCCUUUGGAGAUAAACCAUCUGCCUUACCUGACAUUGAAGAAUUUGCAUACAAAAAGCCAAAUGGAUCAGUGCAGUCAAAGAAGGCAAAAUAUGACACAGAAGUUCUUCCACUGAAAAAGGAGAUUGUCUCCACUAUUAGUAAAACAGGUGAGCCGCCUGUAAACUGGGAAAAGGUCCUUGAAGGAAUUCGCAAGAUGCGGUCGUCUGAAGAUGCUCCUGUUGAUACUAUGGGAUGUGAGAAAGCUGGAAGCUCUCUUCCUUCUAAGGAAAGAAGAUUUGCUGUCCUUAUCUCUUCACUCCUUUCCAGCCAAACCAAAGAUCAGGUAAACAAUGGAGCAAUUCAGCGUCUCCUUCAGAAUGACUUGCUUACGCCUGAUGCAAUUGACCAAGCAGAUGAAAAAACACUCAAAGAUUUGAUUUACCCUGUUGGAUUCUAUACAAGAAAAGCCAGUAGUAUGAAGAAAAUUGCAAGAAUUUGUCUUGAAAAGUAUGAUGGGGAUAUACCUAAUUCUUUGGAGGAUUUGCUCUCACUCCCAGGGAUAGGUCCUAAGAUGGCUCAUCUGGUUAUGCAAAUUGCAUGGGACAAUGCACAAGGGAUAUGUGUGGACACUCACGUGCAUCGUAUAAGCAAUCGACUUGGAUGGGUUUCACGACCAGGCACAAAACAGAAAACUUCAACCCCCGAGCAAACAAGAGAAGCUCUACAAUUGUGGCUUCCAAAGGAAGAAUGGGUUCCCAUUAACCCUCUUUUGGUAGGAUUCGGGCAGACGAUUUGCACUCCUCUCAGACCCAAGUGUGAGAUGUGCUCAGUGAGCGACUUGUGCCCAUCUGCAUUUAAGGAGAAGACCUCUAGUCCUUCAUCGAAGUUGAAAAGAUCACCUUCACUCAACAAGAAAUCUUCAACCUAA